GGCAAGCCUAUUAGUCCAACAUGGACUCAUCUUGGCUCUACUGCAGCUGCUGGUGCCACUUCUAUAACACUCAAUGAAGCUGUAAGUGGCUGGACUGUAGGGGAUGAAAUUGUCAUAGCAACAACAGGUGGUAGACACUCACAGAAGGAAACUGAGACAAGAACUAUCACUGCAAUAUCUGGGACAACUUUGACAUUAGACUCUGCGCUGGUGUAUGAGCAUCUUGGAGUUUCGGAGACCUUCUCAGAUGGUACAACUGUUCAAUUUAGAGCAGAAGUUGGGCUCCUUACAAGAAAUGUUGUUGUGAAAGGGUCAAGAGACAUGCAGUGGGCAGAUGAAAUAGAGGCUUGCCCUGAUGGCUUUAACACAGGU